AUGGCAGGAUAUGCGAGUAGGUGGUGCAUGCGCCACACGGGGGCCAAUUUCUUCUCGCAGUUUAGGAGCAAGGGUCUUAUGAAUCUGUUCAAGAAGUUGUGCAAGCAGAAUCAAGAAUGCAAGUACACUUUUCUCCGCGGCAAGCUGGAUGAGUUCACUAAGGACCAUGUGCGGGACAGGUUAGCCGCCCGAGCUGCAUUAGUAGCAGCUCAUGCAGCAGCUGUGGGCACGAGGUAUGGUGUGAUGACUACCAACCUAGCUGAGUCAUACAACUUCGUGCUUAGGGGAAAUAGGGCAUUGCCGCUGACAGCCCUUGUGGAGGGUAUUUUAUAUGGCACUAUGAAUUAUUUCAAAGAGAGACGGGAGUUGGCUUUGAAGCAUAUGCUUGAGAAUCCAAACACUCCUUACUGUAAGGCCAUUAUGGAAUAUAUGGAUGUCAAGAUGGAGAAGGAUAUGGCGGCCCGCCCGUUGCUCGAUCCAGGGAUUGAUGAGAAACAUCGUGCAUCGCACUUGGAGUCCGACCCGCAGAGCAUCGACCCACUGCAGACCCGUACUCCAAAGAAGAACUGGAUGAUACACCCUCAGUGGGAAGACAGGUUGAAGUGGGCUGGACUACUACCUUUCGCUCGAUUAGUGGAGGCCCGAGAGAACGUUUCGCGUCUGAACUACGAUGCUACUUUGAUCACCUGCUUAGUGGAUCGAUGGAGGCCCGAGACCCACACCUUCCACUUUCGCUGGGGUGAGAUGGCUCCUACUCUAGAGGACGUGUCUAUGUUGCUGGGCCUUCCGUUGGCUGGUGAGCCCAUCGGCCCAUUGGAGGAACCCGUGGGAUGGAUGCACAGCAUGGAUGCACGUUUCGUUGGUGUUCGCGAGGGCGUUGGGCCUAUCUCUUUUGAGGCUCACGGCCCUCGUCAGGCGUGGCUACACGAGUUCCAGAUCGAGCAGUUCGGAUACCCCGAUGCACCGAUGACUGCGGCCCAGAUCACUCGCAGCUUGGAGGCGUACCUCAUGUGGCUACUCGGGAAGACGAUGUUCACGGACAAUCACGGGAACACGAUCAGUGCGCGGUACAUCCCUAUAGCUCAGGAGAUAGCUGAGGCCACAGAAGCAGAGGACAUCACACAGAGGAGCUGGGGUUCUGCGGUCUUAGCCGCUACGUACCGAGGUAUGUGUAAGGGUUGCCAGCUCACCUCGCAUGGUUCUGGAAUCGUUGGUUGCCCCCUCCUAUUGCAGCUCUGGUCCUGGACGAGGUUUCCCGUCGGCCGCCCUGAUAUUGGUGCUGGGUCUUGGCCGCCAGACGAGUUGUAUGACGCGGAUCGCAUCGACAUGCCGACGUUUGGUUCUAUAUGGACAUCGCGGAAGAGACAUUUUGGGCAUAAUCAGCUGCGGAAUUGCUACCCGAGCAUUCACGAGAGCGCCAUACAGUGA